AUGAAGCAUGCGCUGCUUCUGCUUGCGCUGCCGGCACACGCUGCGCAGAUCUCGACGGAAGUCUCUCAUAUGGGACAGCCCGAGUCCCGAUGGAUGCGAUCCGAGGCCUCGAUGCGAGAGGAGGACGAGUGGUGGCCAAGUGCGCAGGUGCGGCUGGAGCUCCAUAUGCUGAUGUGCGAAAGUGAUGCCAUGUUACCGGCAACCCGAGCUGGAGCUUUGCUUGGAGCGGAAGCCAUCCUGGUCCUGGAUCCCUUCCUGGCCCCCAUCCCCAUCCUGGAGGGCCUGGGUUGGAUUUUUGCCGUCACCUCCUUCUUCACCUCCUUCCGGAGUCCUUCCGCUGUUUGCCCGAAGCGCCUCCGAGCGCCAGGCCGUGCCGCGGAGGCAGAAGCUGAAACCAAAAAGUUCUUCGAGCGCCUUGGGCUUCAAACGGAGUACGGGGUCGUUCCUAACAACUCGGACAAGCAGACUUCGAAACUUUUACAGAGCCGAUUCGUCGAUCACGGCUUUUGGAUGGGCCCUCGGCGCUCGGGUGCGGUGGCCAAGGAGACGGGCUUGCCCUUAAACAGCAGCGAAGCGGCCCAGAAGGAGGAGGAGGAGAAAGCGGAGGCCAAAGAGGCGGAGGAGGAGGAGGAGGCAGAGCGAUUCGAUGCCUUGUAUGCAGGUAUCGCGCUGGUGAUUCUACUGGCAGCCGGCGGGACUUUCUACUUCCAUCGGCGUUCUCAGCAGAAGCUAGACAAGCUGAAACCUGGAGAGGUCCGGUCCGGGCCAGCCCGGCGUGCCGGCACCGAAGGAGACCACGGCUCACAGGGUCUGAAAGCUUUUGGACAGGUACCGACGGUACCGACAGCGGCACCGUCUUCGGCCCCGCCAGAAGACCCCAGCGCACCGGGGCCGGCGGAAGCGGAAGGGAAAGCUGCCACAGGGAGCUGA